AUGUUUAAUUAUAUGUUUAAUUAUAUGUUUAAUUAUAUGUUUAAUUAUUAAAGUAAAAUUUAGAACAUAAGUUAAAUUAGAAUCUAAUCGAUUACAAUUGACUCAAUACAUUCAUGUAAUUUUGCAUUGUUGCUAUUAUGUUGCAGCUUUUUUGGAGAUUUUAAAUAUGAUAUAGUUACGAAAGAAUAAAAAUAAACCCAGGAAUAACAAUUUAUUUUAAUAUGUACGGUCUAUAUAAAUAUAAAAAACAUUGUUCUGUUGAAUUUUGAAAUGCACGAAGAAGGAGACAUUUAAUUGUAAUGUAUAGUAAUCUUGAAGUGCUUAAUACAAUAGCCACAAAUUUAAAUUUAAACGUACCAGUGGUACAAUUAAACGCUGGUCCGGAUUUACAAAAUAAAUUUACUGCAAACAACAUGCCAUUAGAGUGCAAUUUACAUGUACAAGUCGCACAAAAUUCUAGUACGGAGCUACAAAAUGAAUCUACUUCAAACAACAUGUUACCAGAGUGCUAUUUACAUGUUCCAAUCGUACAUAAUUCUAGUAUAGAGAUACAAAAUAAUUCUACUUCGAAUGACGUGAUAUCAGAAGGCAAUUUACAUGUACAAGUUACACAAAAUUCUAGUACGGAGCUACAAAAUGAAUCUACUUCAAACAUGUUACCAGAGUGCCAUUUACAUGUUCCAAUCGUACAUAAUUCUAGUAUGGAGAUACAAAAUAACUCUACCUCGAAUGACGUGAUAUCAGAAUGCAAUUUACAUAUACAAGUCAUACAAAAUUCUAGUAUGGAGAUACAAAAUGACCCUACCUCAAAUGAGGUGUUAUCAAAGGGCAAUGUUCAUGUGCCAGUUGUACAAAAUGCUAGUAAGGAGCUACCAAAUGACUCUAUUUUAAACGACAUGUUAUCAGAGUGCAAUAUACAUGUACCAGUUAUACAAAAUGCUAGUACGGAGCUACAAAACGACUCUACCUCAAACGACAUGCUAUCAGAGUGCAAUAUUUAUGUGCCAGUUUUACAAAACGCUAGUUUGGAUCUAGAAAACGAAUUUACCUCAAAUGACAUGCUGUCAGAGUGCUCUUUAAAUGUGUCAACCAUAAGAAAUGUUAGUACGGAGUUAGAAAAUGAAUCUGCCUCAAACAACAUGCUAUCAGAAUGCAAUCUAUAUGUGCCAGUUAUACAGAACGUUAAUACAGAGCUACAAAAUGAAUCUGUCUCAAACGACAUACUAUCAGAAUGUAAUCUACAUCAGGAUAUAUUAAAUCCAUCAGAAACAUCUAUUGAUAAUUUUACAUUAAAUACUAAUUUUGAUCAAACAGUAACUAUUUUAUUUGAUGAAUUGAAUGAUUUAGGGAUAUCUCCGAAUAAUAUGUUAAACUAUUCUAAUGAAGAUGAAAAUAAUGUAUCUAAGAAUCUCAAUCAAUCCUGCAAUGUGGAUAAUUCUAUGGAAAUUGAAAAUAACAGAAAUGAAGCAAAUCAUGAAAAAGCGAUGAAUGAUAUUGAUGUGGCAAAAUUAAUAAAAGAAUCUAAUAACAAUUUAAAACAGGUUAAUGACAUAUCGAACUUAAAUAAUUCUGAUUGUAGCGAUUGCUACAGUGAUAAAGAUCCUGAUUAUCAUUACAGUACUGAUUCAGAAAAUUCUGAGGUAGAAGAUGAUGCUCAACAUUGUUCAAUACAAUCUACUAACACUACAAAUAGUAGUUUAGAAACAUCAUUAAAUGCGUCUAGACAACAAAUUUGUGAUGAUGCUAAUUUACAUGUCGAAUGUUCAAAACCUAAAGGUCAAGAAAAGAAAAAUUUUUGUUUUUAUUGCAAAAAAAUGCAGGCAAAAAUAAGUAGACAUUUAGAACGUGUUCAUAAAAAUGAAGAGGAGGUAAAAAAGUUUACUGGACUACCAAAAGGUAAUAAAGAAAGACAAAAGAUUAUCGGACUUUUAAGACGAAGAGGCAAUUAUUUAUACAAUACAGAUCCCACAUAUAAUAAGGGAGAACUCAUAGUUUGUAGAAGACCAACAGAAUCAAGAAAAAAAGCUGCACAUGAUUUUAUAUGUUGUGCUGGCUGUAAAGGCUUUUUUACUAAGAAUAAUAUACGUCAUCAUUUUAAACAGUGUACAAAGAAAAUUGUUGGCAGAACUGUGAAAGUACUGGGAAGAAAAGUUCAAGGAAGAAUUCAUGAAAGUGCGAACUCUAUUUUAAGAAACGUUGUAUUUCCGAUAUUAAGAGAAGAUGACAUUAUCAGAUUGAUAAGAUACGAUGAAUUGUUGAUUACUUACGGUAACAAGUUGUGUAUAAAGUAUAAACAUCAACACCAACAAGAUAUGAUUAGAGCUCGUUUGCGAUUAUUAGGGCGAUUUUUAAAAGCCAUCAAAAAAAUUAAUAAAAAUGUCACAGAUUUUUUUAGUAUUUAUCAUCCAUCAAUAUAUGAUGACUGUAUUACAGCUGUGAAUCAAGUAGCAGGUUAUAACACAAGUACAAAAGUUUAUGCAGCUCCUUCCGUUGCAUCAAGAAUUGGCACUCUUAUAAAACAAAUAGGAAAUCUUGCUAUUGCUGAAUGCAUAAAACAGAAUAAAUUUCAAAAAAAGUAGACAUAGAAAACUUUUUAAAGUUGCUACAAGAAGAUUUUGGCGUAUCUGUCAAUAAAACUGUUGAAGAAAGCAUAUUACAAGCUAAGCGCUAUCAAUUACAAGAAUUACCCUCCGUUAGAAGAUAUAAAAUUAUUGCACAAUUUUUACAAACUAAUAGGCGUUUGGCAUUUCAACGUCUCAGUGACACAUUUACUUAUGAUAACUGGCGGCAACUGGCACAAUUUACUCUAAUUUCGGUUCAAGUAUUUAUAGACGAAGAGCCGGAGAAAUUGAACGCAUUUUUAUCGAUGAUUAUAAGCACCAAGAAGGUAUAAAUGAACAAACAAAUCCAGAUUUAUACGAAUCUUUAUCACCUGAAGCUCAAAAAGUA